UGUCGCAUACAGACAUGUUCAGGCUGCUGCUCCUGCUGUUUUUAACAUGGAUGAGCUCAGCACUGGUCAGCGUCCCUCUGAGACGGACACGUUCAAUUCGUACUCGACUGCGAGCCGACGGCCUGCUAAACGAGUUCCUGAAGGAUCACACCCCCGACAUGAUUAGCCGCCGCUACGCUCAGUGCUUCCCGUCCGGCACGCCGUCGCUGACACUCGGACGCAUCAGUGAGAGGAUCUACAACUUCAUGGAUGCUCAGUUUUAUGGUGAGAUCAGUUUGGGGACUCCAGAGCAGAACUUCUCUGUGAUUUUUGACACCGGCUCAGCUGAUCUCUGGGUGCCAUCAUCCUACUGCGUCAGUGAGGCCUGCGCGAACCACAGGUGCUUCAAGGCAUUCAAAUCAACUUCAUUCAUCCAUGAUGGUCGGAGGUUUGGGAUUCACUAUGGCUCAGGUCACCUGCUGGGAACCAUGGCCAGAGACACACUGAAGAUUGGUGGCCUAACCAUCCCGAAUCAAGAGUUUGGGGAGUCCGUGUACGAACCCAGCGAAGCAUUCCUGUCAGCGAAGUUUGACGGUGUUCUGGGAUUGGCUUACCAAUCCCUUGCAGAGAUUCUUGGAAGCCCUGUUUUUGACAACAUGAUUGAACAGAAGAUAGUGGACCAGCCAGUGUUCUCCUUUUACCUGAGCAGGAAAAAUAGUCACACCAGGCCAGCAGGAGAACUGUUGCUAGGCGGAACAAAUGAGGCACUGUACAUUGGACCAAUCAUAUGGCAUCCUGUCACUGCUAAGGGGUACUGGCAGAUCAGGAUGGACAGUGUGGCCGUGCAGGGUGUGAGCUUGUUUUGUCCUGUUGGAUGUGAGGCCAUUGUUGAUACUGGAACUUCCCUCAUUGCUGGACCGACCAGUGACAUCGUGAGGCUCCAACAGCUGAUUGGAGCAACACCCUCGCACUUCGGAGAGUUUGUUGUCGACUGUGCCAGGUUGUCCAGUCUGCCUCAGGUGACUUUCGUCCUGAAUGGCACAGAGUACACACUAACGAGCGAGCAGUAUAUCAGGAAGGAGAGACUUGGCAAGAAUGAGAUCUGCUUCAGCGGUUUCCAGGCUGUGGACAUUAUUUCCAGCAAAGAGCCUCUGUGGAUUCUGGGAGAUGUAUUUCUGACAGAGUACUACUCCAUCUUUGAUAAAGAGCAUGACCAGGUUGGCUUAGCACGUGCGAGACACCCUCCUGAGCCAUAACCCACUGGCUAACUGUAUGAUCAAUAAAUACUGCACAGCUGAAAAGGAUUUUGUCAUUCUCUGACACAUGAUUACUCUCUCAUCAUCCAAUCUCCAAUUAAAGACAUAUAAUUAUCAGGUAACAGCUGCAUAGCGCCAAGAUGAUACCAUUCACCAUUACUGGUGACCCAAUGAGAAGGUCAACAUUUUAUUUGAAAAAGUACAGUUAUCGGAGAUUUAGCAGCAACAGCAGAGAGUGUACAUUCAUUACUUUGGCUACAUUUACAAAAACAGUGAGUAAACUAAGAAAGAAGAUUUUGUUCUUCUCCCCUGAGUACCAGUGUUUCAGUGAGUGCUGCAGUUCCUGUAAUGGCCACCAGAUGGCAUCCAAGAAGAUUUUACUGAAGUAGAAGGGGAAAGUCCACAGAAACUAUUUUUGCAACAAUGUCAGCAUAACUGGCAAAUUUCACACGUUCGUCUGUGUGUUGGAAGUUAUUCUUCAUGUAGAAAAAUCAUCAUGGCAUGAAGAAGGGUCGGCUUACGGCAUUUUUCUUGAAGAGCAGAUGUUUCAAACAUAUUAGUAGAUUAUCCCCUGAUUAUGUUGAUUAUUAAUCUGUACAGGGAUUCAUUCAAAACAGCAUAUAGUGAGGAACACAGCACAAGUUCUCUGCAUAUUUCUGAAAAAAACAAUGUUUUUGGACAGCAGACAAAUAUGCGGAUGAUUAACUGAGACGUGACUGAUUUCAUCGUUUAACUCUCUGAAGUCUGGGCCAUCACAGGGUCAGAGAGACAUAGUCACCUGGAGCUCUCCUUUCCAUAUUACCCUCCAAAAGACGAAUCAUAUAAGUAAUUUAAGAUUUCUGAUUUUUAGGUUAUCUUAGAGCUACCAUUUUAAAUUUAGGGUUGUCCAUUUAGUACAAAUUAAAGCUAAUUUUGAUCGUUUUAAACCUGAUUUAAGUCCAAGGUAUUUUGGUCAAGUAACUGAGUUUGGACAUUGUGCAUAAAGUAAUUAAAUGAGAAGAACUGCGGUUCUAACUAUCCCAAUAUAUUUUGAAGACACUUUUUUGGAAAAAUGUAAAUUGUUUUUGAUGUGUGUUACUAGCAUGAUUGUUUUUGUCUCUAGAAUGAGGAGACUUGGGAAAACAAUUUAAAACAUAGGGUUAGGAGUAUUUUUGAUGAUAACUUUGACCUCACAGGAUUAAAAUGGCAAUUCAUGCUAGAAGUUUAUCAUGUUUUUCUUUUCUCUAUUGACCAUGGUGGUAACAAUUGGUAAACCCAAAAACCUGGGCUAAAGACAUCCUUUCAGAGGUUAUGCAUUUCGUGUUUUCCAAGAAUUUUUGUUUCAACACAACAAAA